GAGGUGGGGCUUGAACCCAGGCCUGUGACUCCUCCUCCAGUGUUCUUUCCACGCUACCAGGCUAUGUGUGUAUUUGUGGUAUUUAAAUAUGUGCAUACAUGGAGAGAAAGAGAGCCUCUAAUCUCCUCCAUCUACACAAACUGUCUGCACCAGGGAGCAUGGCAGAGUGGGACCAAAGAGAUAGGAGGCAUCAUCUGUCCCUUCGCCCUGCUAGAUUGCUAUCUUCUGAACAACAGUGUGCCCGCCCUGUUGGAAACGAUGAAACAUCUGUGACUGACCUCCAGUGACGCAGAAGAUUCCGGGUGGGGCUGGGGGAGGUGGCAGGGACAGGUUUCCAACAGGACAUCACUGAAGCAACGUGGGACCCGAACUUGCUCAUGGUCCCGGGGUCUUUUGGAGGAACCUGCCGGAGGCACUAACUGGAGAUCGGGCUCCCAGGGUGGUUCCUCCUAGGUCCCUUCCUGCUGCCCCUGGAAGAGUCUGAGCCCCCCUUCUCAUGACCUGAGGCUUCCCAGAGAGAAGCUCAACAUGCUGACCGAAAGCAUGCAGGUCUGGCACGGCUUAGUGAUUGCAGCGGUAUCCCUCCUCCUCCAGACCUGCCUCCUCGCAGUCAUCAAUUACCUGCUCAACAGGCACAUGGCCGAGAAGAAUGAGCAAAUACUGAAAGCAGCCAAGCUCCCAGCCCCUCAGCUCAGCCCUGCCCACCAGCACCCACCUGCUGCCAAGGAGACAGAGGGAACUCCAGCAGAGAGGAGCAUCCCUGUGUCUGAUCUCCGUGACAGGCAUGAUAGCAACAUAUCCUCAGACAGCUCGGACAGCUCAGACAGCUCGGAAAAGUCGCCCUCCAGAUGCCAGGCCCCCAAGGACGUGAAUUACACACAAGUGGUUUUUUCAGCCGCCGGAGGGCUGGAAAGUGAAUCUGCCCUGGACUAUGAGAAUUUAAACGAAGCCACAGAUUAUGUCAAUGUCAACCCAAAAGGCCACAAGACCAAUUUCUGGACUGUUGUGAACCGUGAUGCCUCCGAGCCAGCGGAAUAUACUCAAGUAGUCGUGUGAAUUCUAGAUUUUCAAAUAGGGUCCAGUUCUCUGUGACUGUUUGCACUUAUUUUGUAGGGGAGGGUUUCAAUUUAUUUUAGCAAGGCAGAGCGGGGAGAUAGGUCUAUACUCCAUCCAGCAGGAAGAAUUCAGAUCAAAUGUUAGGAAGAACUUCCAGGUAAUGGAAAUAUUGAAGCACUUUAGUAGAGAAAGUGAAGUUCCUCCCCGGAAAAAGUUAAACAAACAAACAAACAAAAAACUCUGUGAAUCAGUAGGAAAAAUUGGGGUGAGUUCUGCUUGGCAAUCUUGUGGUUAAAUGACUUCUCUUUCAGCUCUUUAGUUAUUGACUGCAAACAACUUCCUUAACAGUUUUAAAUAAAAUGGCAACCACCAGUUCCUCUUUUGCCCUUG